CACGCUUUACCUACACAGGUUCGAAACGCAUAUCUCAGUUGUCUCUCUGUGAUCAACUACUUGAUGCUCAGGGAGGCCACCCCGCUCCGCUUCCUCACCGCACCCUCGGCGCUCGAACAUUGCCGGCACUUAACGUCGCCGCGCUGCCGUCGCCGUUUCUGAACGAGUUUUAAUGGUCGGGGGUGAAUAGAAGGGAUUGGGUGGAUUCAGCAUCAAUCUACUAUGUCGGGUUACGAUUACGGCGGUGGCCCAGCAGGCGACUGGGCCCAUGGCCACCCUGCGGCCGGUGAGAAUCAAUAUUGGAUGGACCAAGACAAUGGCAGUUUGGCGCCGUCAUCCUCGCGAUACCACGGACCGCAUGGGAACCAAGGCGGGAGGCCGCCCGCGGGCUCUCCCGCAUUAAGUGCCGGAGAGCCGGACCUCGAGCCACCAAGACGCAGCGCCGAGCGAAAUGGAUCGAGACCACGAGGCUCUAGGUCGGCCAGUGGUCAAGUGCGCACAUGCAGGAAAUGUGGAGAGGCUUUGACAGGGCAGUUCGUGCGUGCACUGGACGGGACGUUCCACUUGGACUGCUUUAGGUGCCGUGAUUGUGGCGAGAUUGUAGCGUCGAAGUUCUUCCCAGCCGAAGACGAGAACGGCGGGGGGCAGUAUCCCCUCUGCGAGACAGACUACUUCCGCCGGCUCGGGCUGCUUUGCCACAAGUGCGGCGGAGCGUUGCGGGGAUCGUACAUCACCGCACUCGACCACAAGUAUCACGUCGACCAUUUCACCUGCUCCUUGUGUGAGACAGUCUUCGGUGCCCAGGACAGCUACUACGAGCACGAUGGCCAGGUCUAUUGCCAUUACCACUAUUCAACUCAGUUUGCCCAGCGCUGUAAUGGCUGCCAAGCCGCCAUCCUUAAGCAGUUUGUCGAGAUCUUCCGGAACGGCCAAAACCAGCACUGGCACCCCGAGUGUUACAUGAUUCACAAGUUCUGGAAUGUCCGCCUGAACCCACCGCGGGAGACGACCACCCCGAUCCAGGACGACCCUGCCGGCCGCGAGCGCGUCCGUGAGGAGGAGGAACAGAUGGAAGAGAAGGUCUACCGCAUCUGGAGCGUGCUCUCAACGUUCGAAGAGUCAUCGGCCGCUUGUAUAUCGGACAUGCUGUUGCAUGUGAGCAACGGAGCGUAUAUUGACGGCGUGAUGGUUGCUAAGAGGUUCAUCUUCCACGUCGACAUUCUCUUCCGAUCCGCAGACCGGCUUGAUGCCACAAUGGCCCGACUGGACAUGAACGCUCUUGCUUAUGGGAGGGAAGCAAAACUCCUUUGCAAGAAGAUUGUGGCCUUCUUCUCGCUCCUGUCUAAGACGCAAGACAAAGCUACGCGCAAGCCCGGCGUUACCCAGGAUCUCUUGACCCUAGUCACUGGUCUUGCUCACUACCUAAAGCUGCUCAUUCGCAUCUGCCUCCAAGGUGCGCUCCGCAUAGAGAAAGAACGCAAUAAUACCGAUGGCCUCUUUCACUUUCUCGAUGACCUCAGCGACCUGGAGACACUCAGGACAGACGACAACUCUACCACCACCUUACAGCUGACAUCCGGAAUGUCGCGACUGUCGGCUCAUGAUUCAGAUCAGUGCACGCUAUGCCGGAAACCGAUCGAGGAUGAGUGCGCAAAGAACGGCGACAAGAGGUGGCACAUAGCAUGCGCCAACUGUUCACGUUGUGGCAAGGAAUUUGGGCGGAACCUCCAGGAUGCCCGUUUGAAUCCUUAUGACGCGAAGAUUCUUUGCAGCAAAUGCGAGCCCAAUGCUCCCUCCAAUGCCGGCCCAUUCGAGCACAUCACUAAGCUGCAACAGUACAUCUUCCUGCUUCAGGUGGCACUCGCCAGGCUCUUAGAGAUCCUUCGAGUCAACGGCGCGCUCACUGGUCCGUCGGAUGAUCCAAAUGGGAACGGUUCGGGUUCUGCCGAAGGUCGAUCCGGGGCAUACGGGGGCGAACAUGCGCACCAUCACCGUGAAUCGUCUUAUGAGAGCGCCCUCAACGAUGUGCGAAGGUUAAAGAGUACCCGUCUGGAUAAACACCUGUCGUCGAGCUUCAGGAAAGCUCGGACAUCACGAAUCUUGGACGGACCCGAGAGCAGCAGUGCGCGGCCUGGAUCCUCUGGCGGUGGUCCUGGAGACGGAGGCCUGAAUAAAAACUUCCAAAUUGUUGAAGAACGGGGGCCGAUCGACGAGGAGGGCAUGAUGUUGCCCAACCAGGAUGCACUGACACUCGACGACAUCCCCCGAAUUGUCGCCCAAGAACAGGCAAAUAGAGAGCAACGACAAUACCCUCCGUCACGGCAGGAGCUCUUCCGUUCGCCAGCAACUGAGCCUAGGCUGGGACCGAGUGCGACAGGCGGGAGUGGCCAUCAGCGCAGCCUCUCGGAAGACAGGGUGGCCGGAACACGCGCGUUUGGCGAGCCAUCCGUUCAGCGCUCCCGACGCUACUUUUCCGAACUCUCUGGGCUCGAGUAUUUCAUUGUGAGACACCUCGCUGUGCUCACUAUGCACCCUAUGGUUGAGUCGGAGUUCACGCUUGAAGAGCUGCUUGGCUUCAUCGAGAGCAGGAAACCGGCGACCUUCUGGAAGAACAUUGGCAAAGCCUUCAAGAACGAUGGUCGCAAGAACGUGAAAAAGAAGGGAGUUUUCGGUGUCCCCUUGGAAGUCAUUGUCGAGCGAGACGGCGCGGAAUCCACAGACGGCGUCGGGCCGGGAACCCUGCGGAUUCCGGCUGUUGUAGACGAUAUCAUCUCGGCGAUGAAGCAGAUGGACCUCUCCGUCGAGGGCGUCUUCCGCAAAAAUGGUAACAUCAAGAAGCUCGGCGAGCUGGUGGACAAGCUGGACAAGGAGGAGGAAGUGGAUUUCAGCUCGACGCACGUCGUCCAAGUGGCGGCCCUCCUGAAACGCUAUCUUCGAGAACUCCCGGACCCGUUGAUGACGCACAAGCUUUAUCGACUGUGGCUGGCAGCAGCAAAGAUCCAGGAUGAGCAGAAGAUGCGCCAUUGUCUGCAUCUGACAUGCUGCCUGCUGCCGAAACCAAACCGUGACUGCCUAGAGAUUCUGUUCUGCUUCUUGAAGUGGGUUGGAUCGUUCCACCAGGUCGAUGAUGAGUCUGGGUCCAAGAUGGAUAUCAAGAACCUGGCUACGGUCAUCGCUCCCAACGUUCUUUUCGACAGGACCAAGACCUCUAGCCUCGACAGCGAUCCGAUGUAUGCAAUCGAAGCUGUGGAGGUGUUGAUAGCCAACAUCGAGGAGAUGUGCUUGGUUCCCGACGACCUUGUCGACAUUUUGAACGACCAAACCCUAUUCAACAGCAGCGGAGAUCUAACCACCAAGGAGAUCCUGAAGAGGUUCUCUGACCGAGCCGUGAACAACCUAGGCCCACGACAGUAUGCCGAAGUCACCGAGAUUGUAGGCCGGCACGAGAAUCCAAGCCGUCCUCCGCCGAGGCGGAUGGAAACCGACCCAUCUCAAUGGCAGCAAGAAAGCAGUGUCCGACCGGUCCAGGAGCCGCCGGUCCCGUUCAACGCCCCACCUCAUAAUGUCGCAACACCGCCUCCGAAGCGAGGGCCCUAUGAUGCUCCCCCACCACAACAGCAAUCUCCAUACGGAGGGCAGUAUGAGCAGACGGGCACACCGGAUGCCAACAAUCGCGGCGGCCAGGGAGGCCAACGAGAAUGGCGCAGCUCGGCAUGGGGGAGACAGAAUAGCGGGUUGACGACAGGCACCGUCUAGGAGACGGGCCACGGUCACCCGGAUAUGCGUUCUCAAUGAUAGGGAGCUCUGGUUUCCUGACGGGUGUAGACGGCGUAUUGCGAUGCAUUCACUGCAAGCAAGCAUGGUUGCUCGGCGUUUUGUGACUUUAUCCUUGUUUCUUCCCUAGUGGUGGAACCCUGUCAUCCUAUAUCGCAAGCGAAAGGGAAGUGUAUUUGGUGUAGAGGACAGUCGGGUACAGGCCGGUCUGACCGUAAAUGUCUUGUUUAUGUAUCUGGGACGAAAACCAUCCAUGGAUGUUUUGUCAGCGCCAGCAUCGGGAAACAGGAGGGAUGAUAAGCCGAAAAUGGUUGUGACAGGGGCGUGACUCCGGGAUCGUUUUCAUUCCCCUUCUACCUGGGCAAUAUCAUCAUGGCUGUUG